UAAAAUCGUCUGCUCUCAUCUCCCAAGCAAAACGACAAAACAGCUUCAGCUAGCUAGACGAUCGGAGUUUCUACGUUAUAUUUGAUAUUUCAACCAUUCGACUAAUUCUUUAAUUCGCAGAAUUCAAAAAAUUCUGUUUUGGCAAUCCAAAUCCCAAUUAUUGAAAAUCAAGAAUGGUGUCAAAAUCUACAGUAAAAUCUAAAUCCGUUUCCCCUGCUAAAUCAGAAAAGAAGACUGUGGUUGGUAAGACAUCGAAAGGUUCUAUUGAGAAAAAUGAUAACCGCAUAUAUAUUCGCUAUCGACACCGAAAACUUCCAACCCGCGAUGAAAUCCGUUUGCUGCACCCUAGUAUAAUUGAUGUGAGAUUCCCACGUCAGAAAACUGCUAAAUUUUGCACCUUGGAAUUUGAAAACAAAGAAGCAGCAAUUGGAGCCUUCAGAAAAAUUAUGAAAUCACACAAAGAAGAAUUAUCUACUAUCCAGUAUCUCGGAAAAAGGCGUACACAGUCUGAGUCGGCCUCUGCACCUGCACAAGACCACUCCGAAGAUGACUCUUCAGAUGAACAGGAGGAUUCAGAGGAAGAAACUUUGAAUGCUGAGGAACAAUGUUCUGAAGAAUCAACACCCACAAAAAAUCAACCAUGUGCAUGCCUUCAUGUCAGUGGUCUGCCAGACUUUGCUGUUAAAGAAGUGGUACAAAGUCUAUAUCCCAGCAACACCAAACUGGAAAUCUGUGACAAGAAGUUGAAGGGAAAGAGAUAUGCAUUAGUCCACUUUGAAUCUGCUGAAGAGGCCACCCGAGUCAUGAAGGCAUCGGAAAACGUGAACGUCAACGGAGAAAAGUUAACGGUCAAAUUCCACAAAUGAAAUUGUGCGUCUGGCGAAAGAAAAUAUCUUGCUUUUUCCCCGUCAUUCUUGAAAUACAUUUGAAAAUACACGAGUGCAUUCUCUGUUGCACGUCAUCCGAAAAA